AUGGGUUUUCUGGACUUCAGGUUGGUGACUCUGUUACUGCCUGUGGCUCUGGCCUCGCAAUCCGAGGUACGGACUCGAGCUACCACUGGGGGCUGCGAGGCCUACUCAGUCCAGGUUGGCGACACCUGCGCCAGCAUCGCGCGGAGUGUCAACGCCACCUACGCCCAAAUCAUCUCAUGGAACUCGGAGAUUGAUCUGGCAUGCUCCAACCUGGCCGAAGUCGAGGGCUCCGAGAUCUGUGCCAGCAACCCCCUGGGAAACUACGCUUUGCCUAGCAACUCGCAAGGUGUUCCGACCAUAGUGACGACCGCGGCCCCGGUUCCAGCUCCGACCCCAGACAAGACGAACGACCACUGCGGAGAGUACCAUCUAGUAGAGCCAGGCGAAGACUGCUCCAUCUUCAUCACCAAGUUCACAAUAACGUUGAAAGACUUCCUGUUCCUCAACCCCCAAGUCUGGGAAAACUGCACAAAUGUCUGGGCGGAUUACUAUUACUGCGUCAGACCCGUUGGUUACAUCUCGACGUACCCCGGAUACCUCCCGCCGACAACCACGAAAGAAUUUAUCCAGACGCCAACCACGGACCUCCCUUAUGUCGAGGAUCUUUUUGCCAAAUACACUUCAACAGAGCCGAUAAUCAACGUUGCCAACGGAACACGGCUUGACUGCUACGAUUACGUUUGGUUGGAUGCCAUUGCCGACAGUAUCUUAGCCGACUGUUGGGCGAUGACAUUGGUCUAUGACGUGCCUCAGGAAGACUUCAUUCUUUGGAAUCCGUCUCUUCGCGAAAACCCAGAGGAGUUCCCAAAGUCGUAUGGAUACCCAUGCACUCUGUCAGCAAGUAGUUCUUACUGCGUUGCUUUGGCAUCCCCCACAGCAGGUGAGUAUUUGCAAAAAGCCGGCAACAAACCGCCCCCUCCCUGUUCAAAGCUACACGAGUUCGCUCACAAAAGUUAUGUUCCUGCAGCUCCUACAUCAACCCCCGCACCGCCGAGUCCCCGCGCGGCUGGCGAGAUGGCCAACUGCACAACGUGGUACUCAGCGGAAUCUGGCGAGUCGUGCGCGGUAGUCCUCGGCAGAAUCGGCCUGACCGUCGAUCAGUUCUUCACCUUCAACCCAUCCGUCAAGAGCGACUGCUCGGGCAUGGUCAUCGGGACACACUACUGCAUCUCAACCGAAGCUGACGGUUCCCCCCCGGGCGCCACCGACUACCAGCCUCCCCCGUCAACCACCACCGUUCCCAGCUCUCCGACAGGCAUCGCCACCCCGACGCCCGUGCAACCGGGAAUGAUCUCCAACUGCAACAAGUUCUACAAGGUAGUCAGCGGCGAUGGGUGUUGGGCCAUCGCUGACGACAACAAAAUUCCCCUUGAAGAUUUCUACUCGUGGAAUCCCGCUAUCAAGACUGAUUGCUCUGGUCUACAGGCCGACGUUUACGUUUGCGUGGGCGUGUCCGUGACCCAGCUUCCGCCAAUGACGACGACGACGACAGCAGGCGAUGCUUCGCCAGCGACCCCCACACCCACGCAACAAGGCAUGGUCAACGGCUGCGGCGACUUUUACAAGGUCCAGCCUGGCGACGGAUGUUGGGCCAUCGCUGACGCCAACGGUGUUCCCCUUGAGAGUUUCUACUCGUGGAACCCGGCCGUCAAGACGGACUGUACGGGCCUCCAGGCGGACGUCUUCGUCUGCGUGGGUCUCAGGGUGGCUGGCACGCCUCAGCCGACGGCCGCCGCGACCACGACGACGGCAGCGGGGGCGGGCGCAACGCCGAGCCCGAUACAAGACGGCAUGGUUGCUAAUUGCGUCGCAUUCUACCUCGUUCGGUCAGGCGACGGGUGUUGGGCGAUAUCUGAUGCCAAGGGCAUUGCCCUAGAUGACUUUUACGGUUGGAACCCUGCCGUCAAAACAGACUGCACCGGGCUUCAAGCAAACGUUUAUGUUUGUGUCGGAGUGGCGUAA